UUCAGAGACAUGGCUGGAAUAGGGUGGCUGAUUAUUUUCUUUGGCAUGUUAAUAAUGGCCCCCAUCAGAGCAGAUCCAGAGACCAGACUUUUAGCCUACGGAUGCAGCUCUGUCCCCAAUGGCAACGCCACACUCUUUGCGGAAAAUUUAAAGGUGGCUCUCGAUUAUGUGGUGGAAAAUGUUGUUCCAUCCGGUUUUGCUUCAAAAAAUGUGGUGGGAGCAUCAGAUCUGGUGGAUUCAGUAUAUGCACUGGCGCAGUGUAGAAAGGAUAAGUCAGCUGCUGAUUGCAGUAACUGCAUCAAGGUAGCAAGAAAACAAGCUGCCAACUGUACCAAGGUUACCGGCGGCAGGGCAAGCUACGACGGAUGUUUUCUGCGUUUCGAGAACAAUAAUUUUUACAAUACGUUCACCGAUGAAGGAAAUAAACAAGUGUGCGGUGGUACCAACGCGAGCUCCUCCAAUUCAUUUUCGGCAACUGCUCGAAGUUUGAUGAGCGAUCUUUGCGCUGCAACUCCGCAAAUAAAAGAUUAUUUUGGUGCGCAUACGAAACAAGGGCCGUCUAAUACCACAGUCUAUGGACUUGCCUCGUGUAUACGUUCCCUUCAAAGGGAUUCCUGCCAAAAGUGCCUCACCAUCGCCCUGGAUAACAUAAAUAUGUGUAUUCCUCGCUCCGAGGGACGGGGUGUAGACGCCGGCUGCUACUUGCGAUACGAUUCCAAACCCUUUUAUCCAAGCAAUGUGACUAUCGACUUGAAACAUUUCUUACCCGGAGGCAAGAAGAAGGUGAGUUCUACAGCGUGGAUAAUAAUUGGUGUUGUGGGAGGAGUAUUCAUACUUGGCCUUAUAACUUGUCUCCUCCUCCUCCGGAAGCGGAUAAUGCGCCCAAGCCAGAAACAAGUGGAUACUGAAGGAGCAACAGAACUUCGUGGGCCGGGAGAUUUUGACUUCAAGAUACUGAAAAAGGCAACCAACAAUUUUGAUCAAGCAAAUAAGCUUGGACAAGGAGGGUUUGGUGAAGUAUUUAAGGUAAAUUAUUAAUUAUUUCCUUCCCUC